UUCAGGCAAGCCAGCAGGAACUACGUUUACCCCAGCAUCGGUAUUGUGCACUGGCCAAGGCGAGCCGGGGAGGCGGGGCUUCCGGCGGUCUAGUUGUCAGUUUGCAGACCGGCCUCGGGCCACACGGGUGAUCCCGAUUGGCGCGCGAGGGACCCGGCCGAUUCUGCAUUCUCCAAGAGGUUCUGGGGACCCAAGACUAGGGCAAGCGAGGACGCUCCUCGCAGCUGCCCGCUUCGGGCCGUGGCUCAGCACCCACCCGUCGGCUCUGCAAGUCGGCGGCCCCUCCUCCGAGCCUCAGUUUCCCCGGUUGACUCGUAUGUGACGGUUGACACCGUUGGGACCGUUCCCGGAGCCACGUAUUCUCCAUCCCCCCAGCCUCAGUCCUUCGGCGGCGCUCUGGGCGUACAACGCCCUUGCCUAACCGGGAAACUGAGGCCCCGGCGGGCUGCGCGAGGCCGUGGGCGGGGACGGGCUAGGCCCGGGUCUCCCGCCCGCCGUGCCCCGCCCCCAUGGCAGAUUCGAACCGCGGCGACCUGGCCCCUGACAGAUGCAGCGCCGGGCCUGAUGGCCUUUGAGGACGUGGCUGUGUACUUCUCCCAGGAGGAGUGGAUGUUCCUGGAUGCAGCUCAGAGAGCCCUGUACCGCCAUGUAAUGCUGGAAAACUUCGCACUUGUAGACUCCAUAGGUAAAGCCCUGAAUCCUCCAUUGGAAGCAAAGCAGGGACCAGGACUCUCUGUCUCCCGGCCUCGUGUGAUCAUCCAACUCCAGCGUGGUGAGGAACCCUGGGUUCCCAAUAGGACAAAUCCAGGCCCAGGCAGGAGAGCCCGAAGAAGACCCAGCCUUGGAUCCCAUUACAGUGCAAGGGGCAGACAUGUGCCUAGAGAUGCAGCACUUCCAAGGGCUACCUGUGACGGUUCUGAUGGGUUACCUUCUAAUGUCCUUCCUCCUACUGAUGUCUGCCCUGAUGCAAAAUUCCUGGAGGGACACCAGAGUGCUUCCCCAUCUCUGCAGAGAAAAGCCACAGGGGUAUCUGUGAUCUACUGGGAGCAGCUACUGCUAGGUCCCAGCAGCAAUGACACAACUGUGAGCCUACGAUUGACCUCCCCAGUGAGACUUCCUGAAGAUGGUUCAAAUUCAGUAAAGGCCUUCUCUGACCUCCUGGUGCCGGGAAAGCAGCCACGCGUAGCAGAGCAGCAAAAGCCAGAGAUGCAGCUAACCCCUGGGAGAGUCUUCCAAAGCAUCUCAGACCUCCAUGGGGCAGAGGAGGGUCAUGGAAUGAGUGGGGCUUGGCACGAAUCUCAUAGUGACCCUAGUGUUCCGGAGCCCCCAAUAUGGGAGGAGCUAGGCGAGGCUCUCCAGGCUGGCCCAGGUCUUCUCUCUGGGGACAAACCUUUUGAAUGCAGGGCAUGCAACAAAGUGUUCGUGAAGAGCUCAGACCUCCUCAAGCACCUGCGCACUCAUACAGGAGAACGGCCGUACGAGUGCGCCCAGUGUGGCAAGGCCUUCAGCCAGACAUCACACCUGACUCAGCACCAGCGCAUCCACAGUGGGGAGACGCCCUACGCAUGCAUGGUGUGUAGCAAGGCCUUCCGACACAGCUCCUCACUGGUGCGCCAUCAGCGCAUCCACACGGCCGAGAAGUCCUUCCACUGCAGCGAGUGUGGCAAGGCUUUCAGCCACGGCUCCAACCUCAGUCAGCACCGCAAGAUCCACGCGGGAGGGCGGCCCUAUGCCUGUGCUCAGUGUGGCCGCCGCUUCUGCCGCAACUCGCACCUCAUCCAGCACAAGCGCACGCACACCGGGGAGAAACCCUAUGCCUGCUCGCUCUGUGGUGCAGCCUUCAGUCAGGGCUCCUCGCUCUUUAAGCACCAACGCGUGCACACGGGAGAGAAGCCUUUCUCAUGCCCACAGUGUGGCCGUGCCUUCAGCCACAGCUCCAACCUCACACAGCAUCAGCUGCUGCACACUGGCGAACGACCCUUCCGCUGUGCGGACUGUGGCAAGGCUUUUGCCAAGGGCGCAGUACUACUCAGCCACCAGCGCAUCCACACCGGUGAGAAGCCCUUUGUGUGCACACAGUGUGGCCGUGCCUUCCGUGAGCGCCCUGCACUCUUCCAUCACCAGAGGAUCCACACGGGAGAGAAGGCCCUGCGGAGGCCCAGGGGCGGCAUGCACUCCCAAGCCAGGUCUCUGGGGGCAUCCUUAGAUGGUACAUGUCCCAAGUCCACCUUAGGCCCAGCAGCGGUUCCAAAACUAGCUGAGGCCUGAGGUCAAAGCUAUGCCCUUCCCCGUCUUCACUGACUCCCUGUUAAAAAGCCUGUGCCCUCAGCAAAUCCACUGAGAUGCCCGGUUAUCUGAGGAAGACUUGCCAUUCAGUUCUAUUUACGUAUGUGUGUUGUUCAGCUACAGUUCACACCUACACCCUGAAAGAACCCAUUCUGGAGAGGCAUGUACCCCCUGGGACUGGUGGUACAGACAAGGACUCCCCCCAGAAUCAGUGGGUGACCCACAGACAUAAUCUUCAUGUUGAUCCCACUUGAGUAUUUCCUGACUGUGGCUAGGAAAACAGGAAAAGAGCAGGCAGUUGGUACAGGUGGCUGGAGGAUCCGCCUGGGCUCAAACAAGCAGCUGGAGAAAUACCCCCAGGUCUCAAGGAUUCAGUUUUCCUUGGUGCAGGCAAGCGUCAGGCAAAUAAAUGGUUUGUUUCUGAA